AUGGCCUUGGAAAACCACAGUACCAUCAUUGAGUUCCUCCUCCUUGGGCUCCUUGCAGGCCAUCACAGUCAGGCCCUACUCUUUGUGCUUUUCCUGGUGAUUUACCUCCUAACCCUGUUAGGAAACUUGUUGAUGAUCAUGGUUAUCAGGGUCAAUUCCCACUUCCACACCCCCAUGUACUUCUUCUUGAGCCACCUCUCCUUCUUGGAUCUCUGUUACUCUUCAGUUACUGUGCCCAAAAUGCUGGAGACUCUCCUAUCUAAGAAGAAAACCAUCUCAGUAGAGGACUGCUUGACCCAAGCUUUCUUUGUGCUUCACUCUGGGGGAACAGAGCUCUGCCUCCUUGCAGUGAUGGCUUAUGACCGCUAUGCUGCCAUCUGCUACCCUCUGCUGUAUGGUCAAAUUAUGAGCAGCCAGCUCUGUGUGAGGCUGGUGUGGGCAUCCUGGGUCUCGGCCUUUUGGGAUGCUCUCAUCAACACACUUCUAGCUUGGAAUUUGGACUUCUGUGAAACUCAAGUCAUCCCCAACUUCAGCUGUGAGAUACCUUCUCUAUUCCCUCUAUCCUGCUCCAAUAGCUUCACUAACUUUGUUGUCCUGCUCUGCUCAGCCCUCCUGCAUGCCUUUGGGACCUUCCUCCUGGUUUUCUUCUCUUACACCCGCAUUAUCUUCACCAUCCUAAGCAUCAGCUCCACCACAGGCAGAAGCAAGGCCUUCUCCACCUGUUCCUCCCACCUCACUGCAGUGAGCUUGUUCUAUGGCUCAGGUUUUCUUCGCUAUCUUAUGCCAACUUCAGGUUCUCCAUGGGAGUUGGUUUUUUCCAUGCAGUACAGUGUAGUCACUCCCCUUGUGAAUCCCCUUGUCUACAGCCUAAAGAACAAGGAAGUAAAAGCAGCUCUGAAAAACAUGCUACGGAAAAGUUUGCAACUUCUCAGGCAGCAGAGAACUGGUGGUGGGUGUAUGGGAAAUGGCAGAAUUGCAGCCAGGUAG